UCCUUCGAUUCCUAGUCUGCAUCAGCCAUGGCUGAGGAUCGCCGGAGGAGUCUCCAUUUCAUCAGCGUACUAUUACUCUUCUUCCUCUGCUCGUCUCUACCCCCCAGUUUCUGCAGUAAUGGUAACAGAGAGGCCAUCGAGAUCGGAACCGGGAUGGCGAUCAGUCCGAGACCGAGCGACUUCGUGAACUUGCUCCAGUACCGAGCUUACUUGGUCAUCCAACGAUUCAAGAAAACCAUCACCUCCGAUCCCAAGAACAUCACCGGAACCUGGGUCGGGACCCGGAUCUGUUCCGACGGCAAAGGCCAUGGAUAUUCCGGUUUCUACUGCGAAGGGCCGCCGGAUAAAAGGAAUAUGCCGACCGUGGCCUCCGUCGACUUCAAUGGGUAUCACCUGGCGGCGCCGACGGUGAGAGGCUUCAUCGACAAGCUCCCUGAUCUCGCCAUUUUCCACUCUAAUUCCAACCGCUUCGGCGGCACGGUGCCGAAUCUCACCCGCCUUCCCUUCUUCUAUGAGAUCGACCUCAGCAACAACGUCCAAACCGGCUUGUUUCCCUACUCUGUCCUCCCCCUCGUCAACCUCUCCUUCCUCGACCUCCGGUAUAAUGGCUACUCUCUUCAGGUUCCCUCCGCUGUGUUCAACAUCCAGACGCAGGUGCUUUUCCUCAACAACAACAAGUUCAACGGCCAAAUCCCGGCCAACCUCGGGAAGACUCCCGCGAAUUACAUCACCUUCGCGUUCAACCACUUUACCGGGUCGAUCCCUAGGUCGAUCGGGCAAGCGUCCAAUACUCUGCUUGAGAUCCUGUUCCUGGGCAACCAGCUCAGCGGCUGUCUGCCGUACGAGAUAGGGCUGUUGAGGAAGGCAACGGUGUUCGACGCCGGGAGAAACUAUCUCUCCGGCCCGAUUCCGCUCUCGUUCGGGUGUCUGAAGAAAGUGGAGCAGCUCAACCUCGCCGGAAACUUUCUCUCCGGCGAGGUGCCUGAUGUCGUUUGCCGACUGGCGAAUUCCACGCAUGGACGCCUGGCGAACCUCUCGCUCUCUGACAACUACUUCACGUCGGUGGGGAAGUCCUGCGUCAAGCUGAUCAAACGUAAUGUGUUGCACGUGGAGAAGAACUGCAUUCCGGGAUUGCCGGGACAGCGGCCAGCAGCAGACUGCGAGCGGUUCUUGAAGCAGCCGAAGCCCGUGUGUCCCGACGCGCAAUACGUCCCCUGCCGGCUUCCGGCGGAGGAGCUCCAGUCGGAAAAGGAGGACGCUUGGGCGGUGGCAGACGGGGCGACGGAUAGGGCGCCGGCAGCGUCCGGGUACGCGACUUACAAAGCGCUGCAUCCGCCGAAGCAGGAGGAAGCCGUAGAUUCUCCGUGACGUGGCCAACUAUAAUCGGCGCUUGUCUGUUUGCUGGAUUGUGUUUGUUUUUAUUUAUUAUGAUUGGGAAGUCAUAUCAGUCAACUCUGUCGGUAUAUUAUGGGCGCUUGUUUUCAUUAUGUUUGUACUAGAUUGAACUCUGCCGGUAUAUUAUUGGAACGCCAUGCAUAAUAAUGCCAUAAAUAUUUACGGCUGUCA